AUGUACCUGAGCCCCCUCCAGGUGGUCACACGCGACAAAUCCAAUUGGCACGACGACUUUUCUGUCUCUCCCGUCCCGGCCCCGUCCGCAACCCACUUGGCUGCAGUGGCCAUUGAUCUUGGCCGCGUAGCGCCUCUCCUACCCAUUUCUUCGACAAGCCAGUCCCGUCUCCCCUCCAACAUCCCCUUGCGCACCCUCCCGACGCGCCCCGCCAACCCCCAAGACUCGUCCCAGUCGGCUUCGCUUCUCGCCUCCCCGGAAAACGACGCCGGCCCCCCUCGCCUGUCGUCGAGCUCCGAAUCAUCCUGGACCGACACGGGCGAUAUUGGCGACCAACUCGCCGACGAACACGAUCCCGUCCGCCUCCAGCUGCCCGACGAGCUUGAGGGAGAGCUCCUCACGGGCGUCCAGAAGCGCUCGUCGAGGCACUCCAGAAAGGUCCGCAUCCGCGACCCCUCGCCGCAUCGUCAUCACCACUCUCCUUCGCGAUCCCAUAUUAUCGACAAGGAGGCCAUCGACGUCCCCGUCGUCUCCCGUCCCCGGCCGUCGCGCGCCGAACGUUGCAUCGGCGCCAUCAUGUCUGGACGCUCGGGCUCCAUCCAUGGCCUGACGGGCAAGGCCCUUCUCUACUUUACCAGCAUCUUUGUUUCCCUCGGCGUUUUUCUUUUCGGCUAUGAUCAGGGCGUCAUGUCGGGCAUCAUCACCGGCCCCUAUUUCAUCGACUACUUCAAUCACCCAUCCAAGGCCCAGGUAGGGACCAUGGUCGCUAUCCUCGAGAUUGGUGCCUUCAUCUCUUCCUUGGUCGUUGGUCGCGUUGGUGACAUCAUCGGGCGACGCCGCACUAUCCUCUACGGCUCCUGCAUCUUCUUCGUCGGUGGCGCCCUGCAGACUCUUGCCGUCUCCAUGCCCAUGAUGAUGGUCGGCCGCAUUGUGGCUGGUCUUGGGGUCGGUGCGCUUUCCACCAUUGUGCCCGUCUACCAGUCGGAAAUUUCGCCCCCCCACAACCGUGGCAAGCUGGCGUGCAUUGAGUUUUCCGGAAAUAUCAUCGGCUACACCACGUCCGUCUGGGUCGACUACGGCUGCGGCUUCAUCGAGAGCGACUCGUCCUGGCGCGUGCCGCUCCUGAUGCAAUGUGUCAUGGGAGCUCUUCUGGGACUGGGCAGCCUAAUCAUCGUCGAGUCCCCAAGGUGGCUCCUCGACAACGAUCACGAUGAGGAGGGCAUGGUCGUCAUUGCGAACCUGUACGGCGGCGGCGACAUCCACAAUGCCGAGGCUCGCGAGGAGUACCGCGAAAUCAAGAUGAACGUGCUUCUCCAGCGUCAGGAAGGCGAGCGCACAUACGCCGAAAUGUUCCGCAAGUACCGGACCCGCGUCUUCAUCGCCAUGUCUGCCCAGGGGCUGGCCCAGCUCAACGGCAUCAACGUCAUCUCAUACUACGCUCCCUAUGUCUUCGAGUCAGCGGGCUGGGUCGGCCACGAUGCCGUCCUCAUGACUGGGCUCAACGGCAUCACCUACUUCCUCUCUACAAUUCCGCCCUGGUAUCUUGUGGAUCGAUGGGGCCGACGGGCGAUCCUGCUCUCGGGCGCCGUCGCCAUGGCCAUAUCCUUGUCGCUCAUCUCCUACUUCAUCUUCCUCGACAUCAGGUGGACGCCGCGGCUGGUUGUCCUGUUUGUCAUGAUCUACAACGCGGCCUUUGGCUACUCGUGGGGACCUAUUCCCUGGCUCUACCCGCCCGAGAUCCUUCCCCUCAGCAUUCGAUCCAAGGGCGCCAGUCUGUCGACGGCCACGAACUGGGCUGCCAACUGGCUCGUGGGCGAGAUGACCCCCAUCUUACAGGAGUGGAUCAAGUGGCGGCUUUACCUAGUCCACGCCUUCUUUUGUGUGUUGAGUUUUGUUAUUGUGUACUUCAUCUACCCUGAGACUUGCGGAGUCCGUCUCGAGGACAUGGACUCAAUAUUCGGCGAUGCUAGCACGGUUGUGGGCACCCCGUCCAUCCGCGCCGAGACCGGCUCUCUUAUUAGGGGCGGAUCGCCGGUUGGAUCUGGACGCGGCACCCUUGGCUCGACGAGUGGCAUCCCUGGACUUUUCCUCGGCCCAAACUCGGAAGUCGACGACGACAACAAGUCAUCGAGCCAGCCAGGCGGCGGCGAAGAUCGAAGCGUCGGCGGGUGGCUUUCUAGAGUCGCGCGCGGCCGCGCAGGCAGCACCGGUAGCGGCCAAGGGCGUUACGCACCUCUCGGGCAGCAGGAGGAGGGCAGCCGCAACAAUCGCAGCUGA